AUGGCGGAGUUGGUGGCUGGAGCGUUUCUCUCCUCUUUCCUUCAGGUGGCAUUUGAGAGAUUGGCUUCUCAUGACUUUCUCGACUAUUUUCGUGGCAGAAAGCUCGAUCAUGACUUACUGACAAAAUUGCGUGUCAUCCUUAUUUCUGUGGACAAAAUUGUUGAAGAUGCAGAGGAAAGGCAAUACAGAGACCAUCGCGUGAAGCAGUGGCUUGAGGAGCUCAAAGAUGAAGUCUUUAAGGCUCAAGACUUGCUAGAUGACAUAGCUACAGAGGCAUCGCGACAGAAGCUGGAUGCUGAAUCGCAAAGUACUACUGUUAUCCGCAAGGUACGAGGCUUCUUUACUCCUCUUGUUAGUCAAAAUCAGUUUGACAAAAAGAUAGAGUCGGGGAUCAAAGAAGUGCUCAGCAACCUAGAGAAUCUUAUGAAGCAAAAUAAGAUAUUGGGAUUAAGAGAAGGGCCAUCUGUUGGUAAUCAGUCGGGAGUGAUGAGCAGGAAAGUAUGGAAAAGAUUGCCUUCAACACAUUUGAUAGAUGAAUCCGAAAUAUAUGGUAGAGAUGCUAAUAAAGAGAGGAUUGUAGAGAUUUUAUUGUCACAGAACAUAGGAUGCAGGAAUCAAUUGCCUAUGGAUGUGAUUGCCGUCACUGGUAUGGGCGGGAUGGGUAAGACAACCCUUGCACGACUUGUUUAUGAAGAUCCAAGGAUGAAGGAUCAUUUUCAACAUAAAGCUUGGGUGUGUGUUUCUGAAGAAUAUGAUGUUGAUCACCUCACAAAAGCAAUUCUUGAGUCACUUGACUGUCCAACUAAACAAGAUUUUCACGUAAAUCAGUCUAAACUAGAAGAGACAUUGAUGGGCAAGAAAUUCUUUCUCGUUCUUGAUGAUGUCUGGAAUCAGAAUUGUCAAAUUUGGGAGGUUUUCACAGCUCCCUUGAGACAAGUAGCACCCCAGAGUAAGAUUCUUAUUACAACCCGUAACAAGACGGUAGCAGAAGUCAUGUGUUGUGCCUUCACAUAUCCUUUGAAGCCACUACAAGGUGGAGAUUGUUGGAAUUUAUUUGGAAAAUAUGCAUUUAACAACCAACCUGAUGCUGCAGGUCAAGAUCUUGUACAAAUCGGUAGAGAAAUCAUAAAGAAAUGUGGAGGAUUGCCUUUAGCACUAAAAACACUGGGAAGUUUGUUGCAUAUAAAACUCUCUUUUCAACACUGGAAUAAGAUUUUGAAAAGUGAGCUUUGGACAUUGUCACAAGAUCGUUGCAAUAUUAUUCCAUCUUUAGGAUUGAGUUACCAUUAUCUACCUUCAAAUUUGAAGCAUUGUUUUGCAUAUUGCUCAAUCUUUCCCAAAGAUUAUGACAUAGACAAGAAUGACCUAAUCCAAUUAUGGAUGGCAGAUGGUUUAAUACAUCCAACUCAAAGAAGUACGAGCCUUGAAGAAGCGGGUGAUGAAAUUUUCAAAGAUCUAGAGUCCAGGUCUUUUUUUGAGCCAUCAAAAAAAGGUGGCGAUUAUUUCAUCAUGCAUGAUCUUCUAAAUGACUUAGCAAAAUCCGUGGCAGGAGAGUUUUUUGUGUGUCUUGAGGCUGCUCAAGCACGAGAUAUGUCAACGAAGACUCGCUACUUUUCAUAUACAAGAUGCAAAAGUGAUGAUCUUGAGAUUUUUGACAAAGUUUUCAAAUGCCACCAAUUACGCAGUUUCUUCCUAUUGGAUGUCUUCAAUCAUAGCAUUGGUGAUGAUAUAAUGUCCAAGCUUUGUCGUCUCAAGUACAUACGACAAUUAUCUUUGAAGGGAUCUCGAAAUUUCAGAAACUUGAUAGAUGGUAUCGGCAAUUUAAAGCACUUGCAUUAUUUGGAUCUUUCUGGGACUUCAGUUAAGAAAUUGCCAAAUUCAUUGUGCUCGUUGAUUAAUAUACAAACAUUGAAAUUAAGAGGUUGUGAUCGUUUGACUAAGUUGCCAUCAAAUUUCUAUAAACUCAUUAACUUGCGUCAUCUUGACUUGGAAGAUUGUGCCAUAAGGAAGAUGCCCAAAUAUAUGGGAAAGUUAAAUCAGCUCCAAACAAUGAAUAACUUUGUUGUGGCAAAGAAAGGAGGAUCAAAUAUAAAAGAAUUAGGAGCCUUGAACCACUUAACAGGCUCACUAGCCAUCUCGAAUAUGGAGGACAUAAGUGAUCCUGCAGAUAUGAGGGAGGCCAAUUUGAAAGAAAAGAAAUUGAAUAAAUUGAUGUUGUGGUAUCGGCAAAAUAGCUAUAGUCUUGAAGAGGCACAACGCCAGGAGCACAUAUUGGAAGCUAUUGAACCAAAUCAGAGUGUGAAAGAGCUCGCUGUUUAUGUAUACAAAGGUAACAAAUUUCCAAAGUGGCUUCUUGGUGUUGCACAUUUUCUACCCAAUUUAGUGUCUUUAUCUUUACAGAGUUGCUUCUAUUGUGUGAGCUUACCACCACUUGGCCAACUAACUUCCCUCCAGCAACUCUUGAUUGGAAGAAUUGAUGGAGUAAAGGUGAUAGGUGAAGAGUUCUAUGGGAAUGGCUCCUUAAUUGCUCAACCAUUUCCUUCCCUCUUAUAUUUGAACUUUUUUGGUAUGAGAGAAUGGGAAGAAUGGGAUACAUGUUAUGAGGGUGAAAGUUUUCCACGCCUUAAACAGCUUUGUAUACACGGAUGUCCUAGACUGACAAAGUCUUUGCCUCAACACCUUCCUUGUCUAAAAACACUAGACAUUUUGGAAUGUGGGAAUUUGGAGGCCACGCUUCCCAAGUCCUCUUCCAUGGAGAAGCUACAUUUACAAGAUUGUAAGAAGAUAUCAGCAAAAGACAUGCCCACAUGGAGCAUCUCAGACGUACUUCCACCUCUCCAUGACUUGUCUUUAUGGCAUUGUCCAGCAAUGGAAUCUCUUCCCCAUGGAGGUAUGCUUUCCAACCUACAACGUCUUUCAAUCAGUUGGUGUUCCAAGCUCAUUGCGUGUGGUGGGGAUGGGGGUUUGCAUGAGUUGUUGUCUUUGAAACAACUUGAUAUUACUGAUGACGUCAUGGAGUGGUUCCCUGAAGAAGAGGGAUUGUUGCCGCCCAAUCUCCAAUCUCUUUCAUUCUUGCAUUGUACCAAUUUGAGAAGAAUAAACCAUAGGGGUCUUGUGCACCUCCGUUCUCUCACUUCCUUAUCAUUUUACUAUUGCCCUCGCAUGAGUUAUGAAGGCAUGCCAGGAGAAGAUGCUUUACCUCCAUCCCUUUCUCGCGUAACUAUUAAUGGUGAAUGUUGUUUGCUUAAGGAGAGUUGUGAAGAGGAGGAAGGACCCGAUUGGACUAAAAUUGCUCACAUCCUUCAUAUGACCAUUUGCUGA